AUGGCGGUCACCUUUGAGGACGUGGUCGUCUACUUCUCGCCGGACGAGUGGCAGUCGCUAAGCGAGGACCAGAAACAGCUCUACUGGGAGGUACUGCAGGAAAACUACCAGGCUCUCUUGCUGGUCGGGAGAUGCCCGAUCACCCCGGAAGAAGUCUUGGCCUGGGUUCAAAAUAACGAACGUCUGAACAUCCUCAUAUCGUCGAAACCCGUAGAAGAUUCCCCUGUUGAGAUCCUUUGUAAAGGAGAUGAAGAUCGGCCCCAAAUGGACGUGGAAAGCUUUCCGAAGAAAACGGGCCCUCUCGAGAGCAUCUUUACUUUCUCUAAAGAAGAGGCGCCCUGCUGUCGCAACGUCGAGGGACCUCCUGAACAGUCUCGCGUUUUGGCACGCGAACAGGGUGGACACCUGCGGAUAGAAUCGGCGGAGCGGGCUUCGGCGGGCACGAGCACAGAGGACGUCCCACUGCUGUGCGGCGGGUGGGUCGAGCUCGUGGCGCCCGAAAUGUCCACCGAGCUGCCGUCUUGUCCUCGCAAGACAACAAAUCUGCCCCGGCGUGAUUUUGCCAUGCGUGCGGAACACCCCGUCAAGGAAAUGCAGUUGGUGCGCACCACUUGUGACGAGAAUCGCGUGGACUCCAGGAGUUGGUUUUGUCCUCCAGGAGAUGAAGAUCGAUCCCAAAUGGACACGGGAAGCUUUCUGGAGAAAGCGGGCCCUCUCGAGAGCAUCUUUACUUUCUCUAAAGAAGAGGCGCCCUGCUGUCGCGACGUCGAGGGACCUCCUGAACAGUCUCGCGUUUCGGCACGCGAACAGGGUGGACACCUGCGGAUAGAAUCGGCGGAGCGGGCUUCGGUGGGCGCAAGCACAGAGGACGUCCCACUGCCGUGCGGCGGGUGGUUUGAGCCCGUUGUGGCGGCCGAAACACACUCCCAGCUGCCGUCUUGUCCUCGCAGGACAAUCCUGCCCUGGCGCGAUUUUGCCGUGCGUGCGGAACACCCCGUCAAGGAAAUGCAGUUGGCGCACACCACUUGCGACGAGAAUUGUGUGGACUCCCGCCGGCAGGCGUUGGCGCGGAGCGCAGGGAAGAUGCCGGAUACUCUGUCGUCUUCCCCGGAAGCCCCCACCAAGGAGGAGAAACUCUAUUAUUGUCCUUGGUGCAAAGAACCCUUCAAACUGUGGAUGAAUUUGGAAGUGCAUUAUAGGUACUGUCGCCAGAGGGGGAAACAGCAGCCCCAGACGACUCCCGGUGGGCAGGCGGCGAGCGAGGCGAGCCGCGCCAGGAAGUCGACGGGUUCGGUCCCUCUCCCGGAAAAACCUACCCGCUGCCCGUCUUCCGCGGAAGGCAAGGAGGUCUUCCUGCAUUUCAGGCUGUGCCAGCCUCACCAGAGACCGAGAAUGGGCAAAAGCAAAGGGGUUUCCGACGCCGGCAGGGGUAGCGCCGAGAGUCCGCGCAGCUUGAUGACGACCUCCGCCACGAAGAGGCUGUGCCGGUGUCCGGAAUGCGGGGAAAGAUUUGUGUACAAGUGGCAGCUCUCGACUCACUGGCAAGGUUGCAGGAAAGUUGUGGAGAACAAAAAAGACCCGCUCCCAAAGCCGCCACCGGAUUUUGCCGCAAAGGAGCUCUCCGACAACGCCAAAGGACGUCAGGCGUGCGUCGCGGCGGCCGGCCGUCGGGGAACUAAAGACACGCCGUUGUAUCCCUGCGGCGAGUGCGGCAAGAGCUUAAGCAAGUGCUACCUAUCCACGCACAUGGCGUUCCACGCGGGACUAAGGUACAAGUGCCUCUUGUGCGGGAAGGUAUCGAACUUCCGAAGCGGGGCAGCCAGGCACAAAAGGCAGCACUGCGAGAAAGAGGAAGGCGGCACCUGUCCGAAGUGCGGGAGGCGCGCCGGCGCCAACGAUUGUUUCUGCAUGAUCCAAAGAAUCCGCGUCGCUCCCGACUCGGAGUCCGAGGAACGAGCCGGGUUGGGGAAGCCCAAGUAG